GCUGUGCCGUCAAUGAGUCGACCCUGCCGUAAACAUUAGCAACAGAAGAAGCUAGCUAGCGACUGUAAACAAAGCUGAGCCGACUGUCUGUUAAACAACUCAACAACUGCUCAACGUGGAGAGAAGAUAUGAGGAUAAAUACCUCUACAUAACACUAAAUGCUCUUCUGCCCGGCCCUACAGCAGCAGUUCAGUCCGGCCCUGGAGCUGCCAUGACCCGGCCUGCAGUCUGACUGGAAGAUAAUGGCUGCAGAGCUGUUUCCCACCAAGAAGCUGGUCCCCUCCGCCUCAGCGAGCAGCAGCACCACCUCCUCCUCCAUCAUCCAGCACUACCAGCAACAGAACCGGACCAACAACAACACCAGCACCGCUGCACAGCGCUGCUGCAACUGGCAGGGCCUGUUCCCGACCAUCCGAGAGAGGAAUUCAGUCAUGUUCAACAAUGAAAUGAUGGCAGAUGUUCACUUUGUGGUCGGGCCGCCUGGCGGGACACAGCGAGUACCAGGACAUAAGUACGUCCUGGCCGUCGGCAGCUCUGUGUUUCACGCCAUGUUUUAUGGAGAACUGGCGGAGGAUCAGGACGAGAUCCGGAUCCCUGACGUGGAGCCUCCUUCGUUUCUGGCCAUGUUGAAGUAUAUCUACUGUGAUGAGAUCGACCUGUGCGCUGACACCGUGCUCGCCACCCUCUACGCCGCCAAAAAGUACAUCGUGCCUCACCUGGCCCGGGCCUGUGUCAACUUCCUGGAGACCAGCCUGAGCGCCAAGAACGCCUGCGUGCUGCUGUCUCAGAGCUGCCUGUUCGAGGAGCCCGACCUGACUCAGCGCUGCUGGGAAGUGAUCGACGCUCAGGCUGAGCUCGCUCUGCGAUCCGAAGGCUUCUGCGACAUCGACACCCAGACGUUGGAGAGCAUCCUGCGGCGGGAGACGCUCAACGCCAAGGAGAUGGUGGUGUUCGAGGCAGCGCUGAACUGGGCCGAGGCCGAGUGUCAACGACAAGACCUGACGCCGACUAUCGAGAACAAGCGUUUGAUGCUGGGGAAGGCCAUCUACCUGAUCCGCAUCCCCACCAUGGUGCUGGAGGACUUCGCCAACGGAGCGGCGCAGUCUGGUGUACUCACGCUCAAUGAGACCAAUGACAUCUUCCUGUGGUACACCGCCGCCAACAAGCCUGAACUGUUGUUUUGCUCCAAACCUCGUAAAGGCCUGGCGACGCAGCGCUGCCACCGCUUCCAGUCCUGCGCCUACAGGAGCAACCAGUGGCGGUACAGAGGCCGCUGCGACAGCAUCCAGUUCGCUGUGGACAAACGCGUCUUCAUCGCCGGCUUCGGCCUGUACGGCUCCAGCUGCGGUUCGGCUGAGUACAGCGCCAAGAUCGAGCUGAAACGUCAGGGGGUGUCGAUGGCCCAAAGGAUCAUCAAGUACUUCUCAGAUGGCUCCAGCAGCACUUUCCCUGUGUCGUUCGACUACCCGGUGCAGAUCGAGCCUGACACCUUCUACACCGCCAGCGUGGUGCUGGACGGCAACGAGCUCAGCUACUUCGGUCAGGAGGGCAUGACAGAGGUGCAGUGUGGGAAAGUGACCUUCCAGUUCCAGUGCUCCUCGGACAGCACCAACGGCACCGGAGUGCAGGGAGGCCAGAUUCCCGAACUUAUCUUCUACGCCUGAGUCGGGCGUGAGGGAGGACGCCGCAGAGAUUCCUGCUUCACUGUCAUGUAGACUUUUACUUUGAAAGUGUGGAGACGAGUUCUCAGGAAGCUGUUUGAAGAGGGAGGGACUUCUGGAUUUACUGCUGAGCCUUCGAGACGUGACGACAGUUUGAUUGAAACAUGAAGACACGAUUUGAAGAAGUCUGAAUCCUCACAUUCCUUCACACCUCUGUUGUUGUUGUUUUUGUUUACAGCAGCUGUUGUUGAUUUGUGGUCAUCGCUGUUUCAGUCUCUCUUAGUAAAGCAGGAAUUAUAAACAAACAUAUGAGUUAUUGGUUACCAUUAAAGCAGUUGAAGGCAGUUUAUUUUUGGUGAUAUUGGAUUAAAUUUUCAGCAUAUUGUAAUUCAAGUGGUACCCCAGAGUAGCCAGAAUUUGCAAGUACAGCCCUCAACCUGCAGCUCUCUGUCCAAAACCGCUCCCAUCAGACGAGGGGGGGCAUAUGCACGCACUUCAUACAGUGACCUGUACGAGUACUAGUCAUUAAUUUCAAACAUCAUCCCGA